AUGUUUGGUGGCUCCCCUUCUACCACCUCUCCCACGUCGCCGCAGAGGUCGGGGGCAAAGGGGUACUUCAAAUGCGGCAGUUGCAGCAAGAGUUAUGUUCGCGCUGACCAUCUCAUUCGACACGUUCGCUCUCAUACAAGAGAGAAACCUUACGUUUGCCACGUUUGCAACAAAGGCUUCGCCAGACCUGACUUGAUGAAGCGCCAUGCGGCAGGCCAUGACAGCCCAGACGAAGGAAAGCGAAAACGGCCUCCACCAUAUCCCAAAAAUGGUCGCGUCUCUCAGGCCUGCGCGGCCUGUGCGAAAAGUAAGUUGAAAUGCGACGAAGAGAAGCCGUGCAGACGAUGCAAGGAGAAGGGAUUCGCGUGCGACUGGCCUGACGGUGGGAACGAUACAUCGCCUUCCCCAGGUUUAGCAUCUCAUGGCGAAGAACCGAGCUAUUCCCUCGACGAGGCAUUCGCGCAGCCCCCGCUCACAUCUCUGACUCAUGACGACGAGACCGAUAUGCCCGAUGCUGUUGACCCCGCCGGGUUCAAUUCCCCGGAUGUCUCAAUAGACAACUAUCUGCCUCCGACGGGAAUAGCCUCGAUCCCGGAUGAUACAAUAUCCAUGACUUAUGAUGUUCAAACAAUUUCACCGACAAUGGACCAUGACAGCGGCGUUUUCAGCAUUGACGGCACAUUCUUUCCCAACUUCAUACCCGAUUCUUUGAUACCCUCCCUUGUGCGCAAUGACAUGCACACUUCCACCAACCUACCUCACGAUUACAUUCACGACGUAUUUGAUCAUAAUGUGCAAUUUGGCUUCGAUCUCACCGACGUGGACUUUGGCCUAAUUGACUUCUUCAAUACUCGAGGGAUCGCCGACGCAUCAACCGACCGAUCGGAGGAUAGUGGCAUUGCCUUGGGUGCCGAAGCGUAUCGUCGGUCGUCAUUAUCCAACUGGACACCAGCUCACGAUGAUACCGCAUACGCGAACCAAGGCGACUUGUCUGUUCCGAAAUCAAUUGACAGCCCGGAAGCUAGUAUGCGAUCGGAACGUCAGAUUCUAUCGGAACGCCUGUCGGCGGGGAGUCGCGAUCUCAUAUUUGGCAUGGUUCUCCAAACUAGCACGAAAGCCAAUCUGACGCGCAUCAUGAAGUCAUUCCCGAGUACAGAGCUGCUGGACAGCCUGAUCCAGGAUUACUUUGAAUUCCAGAGUUGCAAUAUUGAUUCUUGGAUCCAUGGCCCCACGUUUCAGCCAAACGAUCAGAAUCCUGACAUGCUGGCCGCUGUCGCCGCUGCGGGCGCGAUUAGAUCGCCUAUUCCGACAAUCAGGAAGUUGGGAUAUGCGUUGAUGGAAGUUGCCCGGCUUCAGCUAUCAUCAAAGUAUGAAAAUGACAACUCCACGACGCGAGACUUGCGCGCCUCGCAGACCUUCGCCUUGACUCUCGACAUUGGUAUCUGGAGCGGGAACGGUCGACGCACGGAAAUCGCUGAAAGCUUUCAAAAUCCGCUCAUUACGAUGCUGCGACGCUCUAUGCGUUUCCGACGCUCGGCUUAUUCGAAUAUUCUUCCGAGCAUGGAGGACUCUCCGGAAUCCCUUCAGCGCAAAUGGCGUACCUGGGCCGAGCAAGAAUCUUUCAAAAGGCUCGCUCAUCACCUCUUUCUCCACGACGCUCAGUCCGCCAUGAUGCUCAAUGUCACCCCCAUCCUCUCCUACGCUGAGCUAGAGCUUCCAUUUCCUGCUGUUCGAGCGCUUUGGGAUGCCAAAUCCGCCGAUGCAUGGCGAGACAUAUACCUACGGACCGGAGCAGGCCCUAGCCGGCUGCCGUCUCUAGUCGAUACACUUCAUGAUAUGUCUGAACUAUCUUCCUUUCGAGGCUACAUCGACCUACACCUUUCUACCUUUGUUCUCCUCCACGGUCUCUCCGCCCUUAUAAACGAAUACCACCGCCUCAAGUUCAUCUCUAAGGGUAACUCCAAACACUGGAACGCCCUAGUCAUCAACUCCCGCCAACAGGAACUCUCUCAGAUUCUAUCCCACUUCCGCAUGCUCUACCACGAAUUCGCCGAGAUCCCAAGCCCACAGAUCAUGCUUGUCUAUGAGAUGAUUUCCAUGUUUCUUUACAUGUCUCUUGAAGAGCUACAACUCUUUGCUGGGAAAGAGGACAAGAAAGAAGCCAGACGCGUGUAUCAAAGCGCUCUCGAGUGGAUCAAUAGUAUCGAUUCGCGUCGCGCGCUCUGGCAUGCUGGUCAGGUUCUGCGCGCGGCAAAGACCAUGCCGUCGGGCUCUCUGACUGGGUUCCUCGCCGUCGGUGUAUACUACGCUAGCUUAGCGUUCUGGUCAUAUAGCGUUGUCUACAAGGCGAAAAAUGCGAAGAAGCCGGCAGGGAGUCCACCGGAGGGACAUUAUGGUGGGAGAUGGCCGACCGUGUUCCUGGAUGGGGGCGACUCAACCGAUGUGCAGAAGUUCAUCUCGCUGGGAUGUGGAUGUCCGGCGUUGCAGGGCCCGCUGGAGCCUGUGUUGGUUGCAGACCCAAGUCAAACUAUGGCACUUGCGCGGGGAGUCCUUUGUGCUGAGGCGUCGCAUGAUGCACUGCCGCCGUUAGUACAGAGUCUGUGUCAGUUGAUGGGGGACUUGGGGAACGCGGCGAGAUCUACUGCUUGA